AUGGGCGACAUCGAUAUCCAGUCGUCCUCCAACUCUGCUCUGCAUUCCCACCAAAAGAGACGCCUGCCCCAGAUCAUCUCGCAUCGGGGCUACAAGGGCCAAUUCCCCGAAAACACUCUCAUCGCUGUCGAUGGCGCAGUGCGCGCAGGUACUCAUGCUCUUGAGCUUGACUUUCACCUCUCGCGCGAUGGAGUCGUAGUCUUGUCCCAUGACCCCACCUUGAAACGCUGCUAUGGCGUUGACAAAAAAGUCGGUGACUGUGAUUGGGAAUAUUUGAGUACCCUACGUACAACACAAGAACCGCAUACACCCAUGCCCCGCCUGCUCGACAUUCUGGAGUACCUUCGGGAGCCAGGGCGCGAGGAGCUCUGGGCGUUGUUUGACAUCAAGAUGACGAAUGAUCCGGAGACCAUCAUGCGACGCAUCGCCGAGACAAUCGAGUCGGUCCCCAUGCCCGCCGGUAGGCCAGAGUGGCACCAGCGCAUCGUCCUAGGCUGCUGGUCAGCGCGCUAUCUCCCCCUCCGGGACCAAUAUCUCCCUAAGUAUGCGAUCGCCUUGAUUGCAGCGCAUCUGGACUAUGCGCGUGAGUUUUUGGAGGUACCCCAGUUCUCAUUCAACGUGAACCAGCAAGUCGUAAUGGGCCCGCUCGGUCGCGGAUUCCUAGACCAGGUGCGCGACGCAGGUCGUCCGGUGUACCUUUGGACGGUGAACGCGCCGAACCUGAUGCGGUGGGGUAUUCGAAACAAAGUCGAUGGCAUAAUCACGGACGAGCCGGCCUUGUUCAAGCGUGUAUGCGAGGAGUGGGAGAAGGAGCAGGGAGAGAGCGCCGCAGCUCCGCCACUGUCCAAGCUGGAUGACCUCAGUCUGGGCGACCGCGCCAAGAUUAUGAUAUUUACUGUUCUGGUGGUGCUGUCUGGCUGGUACUUUCGACGAAAGUAUCUCCCCUCGAUCGAGCGCGUGCAGUUUGAGCAGCGCAGCUCGAAAUAG